AUGUGGUGUCAGAAUGUUAGCCAAUUUUGUCAGAAGCUGGCUCGCAGGCGGCCCCUGGAGCCCAGGGAGGGGUCUGAGAGUCGCCUGGCUCGUUGUCUGAAUGCCCUGGACCUGGUGGCCUUGGGUGUGGGCAACACCCUGGGGGCUGGCGUGUACAUCCUGGCUGGAGAGGUGGCCAAGGACAAAGCUGGACCGGCAGUCAUCAUCUGCUUCUUGGUGGCCGCCCUGUCUUCUGUGUUGUCUGGGCUCUGCUUUGCAGAGUUUGGGGCCCGCGUACCAUGUUCCCGCUCUGCAUACCUCUACAGCUAUGUCACAGUGGGACAACUGUGUGCCUUCAUCACUGGCUGGAACCUCAUACUGUCCUAUGUCAUUGCCAUCGCCAGCGUGGCCAGGGCCUGGAGCUCCGCCUUUGACAGCCUGAUUGGGAACCACGUCUCUCAGGGGUUACAGGGCACUUUCUCCCUGUAUAUGCCCUACUUCCUGGCCAAGUACCCAGACUUUUUCGCACUGGGCCUGGUGUUGCUGAUGACGGACCUGCACAACUGGCAGCUCACGGAACAGGACUAACUGACAACAUCUGGACCCAACGACACCUAUAGCUUGGACCCUCUGGGUUCUGGAGGAUUUGUGCCUUUUGGCUUUGAUGGGAUUCUCCGAGGAGCAGCUACCUGUUUCUAUGGGUUUAUUGGUUUUGAUGUCAUCGCCACUGCAGGGGAGGAAGCCCGGAAUCCGCAGCGCUCCAUCCCCUUGGGCAUCCUGACCUCGCUCUUCAUCUGCUUUUUGGCGUAUUUUGGCGUCUCAGCGUCACUCACCCUCAUGGUGCCGUACUACCACAUUGACCCUGAGAGCCCCUUGCCACAGGCUCUUCUCCACGUUGGGUGGGCUCCUGCCGGCCAUGUGGUGGCUGUUGGCACCCUCUGUGCGCUGACAUCUGGCCUCCUGGGUACCAUGUUCGCCAUGUCUCGAGUGACUUACGCGAUGGCAGAUGACGGGCUCCUUUUCCGGAGACUUGCCCGGAUCCACACCCGCACACAUACCCCCAUCGUGGCCACUUUGGCUUCUGGAAACCUUGCAGCGAUCAUGGCGUUACUCUUCGAGUUCAGUGAUCUUGUGGACGUCAUGUCAAUUGGGACCCUGUUUGCUUACUCGCUGGUGGUUAUUUCUGUCCUUGUCCUCAGGUACCAGCCAGACCAGCAUUUACAGACGAACGGGAGCACAGAGGACAAAACUGAGGUUCCUGAAUCUGAAGCAGGUCCUCUGGACUCUGCACCUGAAGCACGAGACUCAGAGACUCUCAGGACCCUGUGUGACCCUAUGAACAGCACCCCCACUCUGACAUCUGGCCGGAUUGUCUAUGGAUGCACCUUACUGAUGGUUCUCCUGCUGACGGCCCUGAGCCUGGUGCUGGCCCAGUGGCCCCGCUGUGUGUUCUCUGGAGACCCCGUCUGCACAACGGUGGCUGUGCUGCUGCUGGUGCUCAUCGCCGGGGUCACUGUCACCAUCUGGAGGCAGCCCCAGGGCCCCACUCCUCUUCUCUUCAAGGUGCCUGCUCUGCCUGUCCUCCCACUGCUGAGC